AUGGUGCAGCCAUUUAGUACACUACCGGCUGCGGCCAGGAUUUCACCCAAGCCUUUCACGGUCGCAAUCCCAAAGGAGAAUCUAACUGAUAUGGAGACCCUGAUCAGGCUGUCGAAGCUUGCGCCGCAAACUUAUGAGAACUCGCAGCCAGAUAUGCGAUAUGGUGUCACCACAGACUGGCUGGUCACCAUGAAAGAUCAGUGGCUCAAAUCAUACAAUUGGAAAAACACCGAAGACCGAAUCAACAGCUUCCCCCAGUGGAAGGCUGAGGUGGAAGGCUUGGACAUUCAUUUUGUGGGCCUCUUCUCAGAGAAGCCAGAUGCCAUCCCAAUUAUACUGAUUCAUGGCUGGCCUGGAAGCUUUUUGGAAUUCCUUCCUAUACUUGACAUUUUCCGAAAGGAAUACACACCAAGUACACUGCCUUAUCACUUAAUUGUACCGUCUUUGCCCGGCUAUACAUUCUCAUCCGGUCCCCCUUUGGAUCGCAACUUUACUACCACGGAUAUUGCCCGAGUGCUGGACCAGCUCAUGAAGGAUCUUGGAUUUGAAAAUGGCUACGUUGCCCAAGGUGGCGAUAUUGGCAGUCGAAUUGCUCGAAGCCUAGCUGUAGACCAUGAAAGCUGCAAAGCUGUCCAUCUCAAUGUUUGCUUCAUGGGCCGCCCUGAAGGCAUCUCGGAUGAACAUCUGGAUGUGUCUGAGAGAGAAGGAAUCCAGAGAAUGGAAGUGUUCAGAAUGAUGGGCGCCGGGUAUGCUGUUGAGCAUGGUACUAGACCAAGCACCAUUGGCCACGUUCUUGCAACAAAUCCGGUCGCUCUUUUGGCUUGGAUCGGAGAGAAAUGGCUGGAAUGGGUCGAUGAGGCCUUGUCAUCGGAGCAUAUCCUUGAGUCAAUCACUCUCUACUGGCUUACAGAGACAUUCCCUCGCUCGAUCUACACUUAUCGCCAGAACUACCCCCUCCGCCUGUUCCAGCAACCAACGACCCUCGCUGGUUCCUUCCCCACACCAACUGUAAGUAGCUUUAAGGAGCUCCCCACGCGCUUAUGGGCUUCUUUCAACCUCAUCACCACUGUUCUUCUUACAUCAAGACACCAAAAUUUCAGAGACGAGAUCAUGCCGUCUAACAAUACAUCUCUCGAAGAGAUCUUUUCAGAUGACUCUAGUUUCUACGGCGAUGAGAAUGAGCAAGCGCGGCUCGAGGAACAAGCAGCCACAUACGACCCUGAACCGUUCUGGGCAGAAAUACAUCCAGGACUUCUCUCAACAAUUCAAUAUGAAUUGAGCGCCCCGCCUCCGACCCUUAAAGCAGAGCCCGGUAUCUUUGCCAAGCAGGAAGAGGACGAUGGACUCCCGACGACAUACCGACCAAGGGACCAGCGCGGGCCUGGGGAGUCCAUCACUGCAUUCACAUCACGUCUCCCUCCUUCAAGAACGUCCAUUUCCGACGUCGGUCCAUGGAUUUGGAUGUGGAAACCUAAAUGCCAAGUUCAAGAAGGCGACAUCGCGACCCUACUGAAGAGAGGCAACGAGCUGCUCCAAACCUACGACGAAGAAGCCUCUACUCUCCGCGCCGCACACGACAAGUCUGGCGCAAAAACCACCGCGGCCCUAACACGUAAACUGAAUCCGCUGCGCCGAACGCUGGAGCAAAAUAUCUUUGCUUUGGCCAAAGAGACUGGCGUGACAUCUGGCAAGUGGAUGUUUUUCCCGUCGGUGGACUAUGUCGAUUCCGUUUGGAAGACUGUCGUGACGGCCCUUGACAAGGGCGAACUUGGGAAUACGGCCAAGGUUGCGACGGAGGAUGGGUCGGGCCAGGCGCGGCUGAUUUGCGUCUAUACGGAGGAUUUUAGUGACAUGGAGGAUGUGAAGCGGGUGUUGACGACUCUGGUUGAGAAAGGGCUUGUCGAUGAAGAGGCGAGGCCGAUUUACUACAAGUGUGAUGCUUAUACCCAUCUGGACAUCAAGUCUAACAAUGUCUAUGGACUGAAGGCGAGCUUGUUCUCUAGCAAGGAUAUCUUGACCGGGAAAGUUUGA